AUGGGUGUUCCAAAAUUUUUUCGAUACAUAAGUGAAAGAUAUCCAUGUUUAAGUGAAUUGGUAAAAGAUUAUCAGAUUCCCGAAUUUGAUAAUUUAUAUUUGGAUAUGAACGGUAUAAUUCACAAUUGUUCACAUCCUAAUGAUGAAGAUCCCCACUUCCGAAUUACAGAAGAGAAAAUAUUUAAAGACAUCUUCCAUUAUAUUGAAGUUCUGUUUCGAAUGAUAAAACCGCAAAAGGUGUUUGUUAUGGCAGUGGAUGGUGUAGCCCCUCGUGCUAAAAUGAAUCAGCAAAGAGGUAGAAGAUUUAGAUCUGCUGCUGAUGCAGCUAAAGCUGAAGCAGAGGCACUAAAGAAAGGAGAAUCUUUACCAGCAGAAGAAAGAUUUGAUUCUAAUUGUAUUACACCUGGUACUGUUUUUAUGGCUCGUCUGCAAGAACAAUUGAAAUAUUUUGUAGUUGAUAAAAUUUCCAAUGAUCCUUUAUGGCAGAAAUGUAAAGUGAUACUGUCUGGACAUGAGACACCUGGAGAAGGAGAACACAAAAUAAUGGAUUAUAUUAGGUAUACAAGAGCACAGCCUGGUUAUGAUCCGAAUACUAGGCACUGCUUAUAUGGUCUUGAUGCAGAUUUAAUUAUGUUAGGACUAUGUUCACAUGAACCACAUUUUAGUUUAUUGAGGGAAGAGGUAAAAUUUGGCAAGAAAUCCACAAAACGUAUAACAGUUCCCGAAGAGAUAACAUUUUUUCUUUUACACUUAUCUCUAAUGAGGGAGUAUUUAGAAUUAGAAUUCGCUCCAAUAAGGUAUGAGUUAAGAGGAUUUGACUACGAUUUAGAAAAAAUAAUCGACGAUUGGGUGUUGAUGGGGUUUUUAGUUGGAAACGAUUUCAUUCCUCAUUUACCAAAUUUGCACAUCUCCGAGGGUGCAUUACCCCUCCUGUAUAAAACUUACAUGGAAAUACUUCCUACACUAGAUGGUUAUAUAAACGAAGGUGGAACUUUAAACUUAAAGCGGUUUGAAAUUUUCUUGGAAAAACUUGGUCAGCAAGACAUAGAUCACUAUGAACAAGUAAGAGACGACAUAAUGUAUCUGGAAACGAAGCGGGGUCAUAAGUCCACAAGAGAUUUGGAAGAGUGGGAAGCGGAAGGGGAUGAGAUUUUUGAACUUCUUGAACCGGAAGUACCGACACCUUGCAAAGACAGUGGUUUGGCCAGUCUGUUGAAGUCUACUGAUGAGCUGUGUUUAGAUGAUGACAGUGAUGAUAAUAGUGAUGAAUUUAUGAAUUUUAAAAAGGAUUAUUAUAAAGAGAAAAUGGAAUAUGUUGAUGUUACACCCGAAGUAAUGAGGGACCAAGCUGAAGGGUAUGUUCGAGCAAUACAGUGGAAUUUAAACUAUUACUAUAAUGGUUGCUGUUCUUGGUCCUGGUUUUAUCCACAUCAUUAUGCCCCAUACAUUUCGGAUAUCAAAGGGUUUACUGACUUAAAAAUUGAAUUCGAUAUGGGCAAACCAUUUUUGCCAUAUGAACAGCUGUUAGGUGUAUUACCUGCAGCCAGUAAAAAGCUUCUGCCGGAAUGUUAUCAUGGGUUGAUGACUGAAGAAAAUUCUAUCAUAAUUGAUUAUUAUCCAGAAAAAUUUGAAACUGAUCUGAAUGGAAAGAAGCAAUCGUGGGAAGCAGUAGUAAAAAUACCUUUCAUCGAUGAGAAACUGCUUUUAGAAGCCAUGAGUUAUUGUAACGAUCAGUUGACGACUGAUGAAAAACGAAGAAAUAGUCACGGACCUAUGUUAAUUUACAUGUACACGCCAAGAGAUAGAGGACCUUAUCAAGCGCCAGCUUAUUUUCCGGAAAUUCCAAAAAAUCACACAGAAGUGAAGACUUUAUUAUAUUCAGACAUUUUAGUACCAAGAGAAAAAUUAGUAAAGGGUGCUUAUCCUGGAGCUUUAAUGAAUGUUUACUAUCCGGGCUUUCCAACUAUGAAACAUCUAAAAUAUAGGGGAGAAGUUCAAAAAGCUCAUGUUAAGGUAUUUGAACAGCCAAGCAGAAAUGAGAGUAUGAUUAUUCAUGUUAUACCAAAUUCUAAAUUCAUCGGUGACAUGAUUCCAGUUGAUCUUUUGGGUACAUCUGUAUUCAUUGCUUGGCCACAUCUAAUUGAAGCGAAGUAAGUUGUAGAUAAUGUAUAAUUUAUAAUGUUUCUUAAAACUUAUAACAUGUCAUAAAAACCUUAAGGAGUCUUAUCAGAACAGUCAAUGAGUAAGCACGUUAAAUGCUAAUUAUUCGUUUAUAUAUUUUUUUUGCAAAAGUUAAAAACGCGUUUUGUAAAUGUGUAUUUUAACUAUAAACAUUGGUAAGGUGAAUUUAUUUAAAUAUAUAUAUCAAUAACUUAAUACAUAGGCCAGUCUUUUCUGGCUUCAAAUAAUUAAUAUUUUGGCGUACAAAAUAUUAGUAACCACAUCAUGGCAUCCUCAUCUGCGUCAACUAAACCUAGUCCUGCACCAGACUAACAAUUAACAAUACCAAAAUUGAAGAUUACCUUUACAGUUUAAACCAAAUAAUUCGACCAAUUAAUAUUAUUUUUUGUUCAAGGCUAUCCAACAACAGAAUAUGCAUUUACGUAGCAAAUGAAAAAUAAGUGAUGAUUUUAUUACCAACCUCGAAAAAAUCAAAAUUAAUCAACAGCUCUUACCUCUUGUCACCCUUCUCGUUAAGCAUAUAUUAGCAUAUAUUAAGCUUCAGGCGGCAAAUCUACGUAAACUUUAACCAAACAUACCUUACCCGAUUUUUUCGUUAUCACUCAUGAGGAGACAUCAUAUAGAAUAUACUUAUUUAAAAAAAAAAGACUUGUCAAUGCAAAAAUACCAAGCAUUUAACAAAAGACUGUCCAGUGAAGACAUCUGUAUCAGGCGACACAACUUCAAUACCUCACAAUAGAGAGAACCAUACUGACAAUAGUAACAAUCAGGUGAUUAAGGAAGUAACUAGUGACAUACAACAGAAGCAAACUCAACUGAACGAACAAGCUGUGCAACAUUAAACACUAUGCAUAAAACUCUUAACUAACCAAAUAGAAACAGAUCCAGUAUCACAAAGCGCACAGUUUCCGAACCUUCUACACCGUCCCCAACUCAUUUAUCAAAACAUAUUUUUGAUUUACCAAAAAACAAAGAAAAAAGACUAAAUUAAACCAAGACAAGAGACCAAAAAAGACGCUAGAGGAAAUACUGCAACUAAUAGAAGAAUUAUUUAGAGACCAAAAUUCCAGUUAUCCUUUAAACUAUGAAUAACUAAUAGAUUUCAUCGAAAUCGGUACAGAAUCUUUAGACCCACUAAGCAUUGCAAGGAUAUAUACUAAUUAAAUGUCUGAAAAAAUAAACUCUAAACUAAAAUAAAAUUCUUCGACAAAUUCAUCCAGACUUCCAUAUCGAGGCAGACAGCGAUACUUCUACAUAUUAAUAUAAUUAAAAAGAGAAGAGAACAAAUGAGCUAAUCGCAAAAGCAGAAGCUACAAACUCUAACCGAUUAGAACAACCUAAUCAAAGCAACACUUUUAAUAACUUGAUCAAACCACAGCCGCAGUCGAUAUUCCAGCCACCCCAAGUUCAACAGUGGUUUAGCCAGCAAAAACAUGUUCAACCAUGUAUGAUGCCUCCUCAAUUUAAAUUACCAAUCAAUCAACCUAAUUCAGCGUUUGCUCAUUUCUCAUCAAACAAUGCAUUUAGAAUGCCAACCAUGUAUAAUAAUCCCGGAAAUGUGAUACCUAACCCAUUUUAUCCAUUUGACAACAAUCAAACUCAAAAUGAGAAAAUAAUAAACGAUAAUAGACAUUUAAAUGUUUCAAAUUAUGAAAAGGUACCUAAGGACAACUUGUCUGUAGGUAAUCAUCAAGGUAGUGAAGAUAUUGAGAGGAAUGGUUUAACUGGAGAAAUAUUUCCUGUGAAAGAUGUACAAAAGCUUUCUCAUGAUAACAACGUUCAGCCUAAGUUAAUGAAACCUGAAGAUUUUCAAAAUCCUCCAGAGAAACUCAUUGUCGAAAAUUGGAGAGACCGACCAAACUUAAAUCAAAAUCAUUUACAAACUCAAAUUGAUGGUAACAAGAGUAAAGAUGGUGAUAAUAGAUAUAAUUUUUAUAAAACCGAUAAUAACAAAAAACUAGAUAGUAAACCGCAGUCACAGGAAAAUAACACCAAGGCGGGUAGUUCAAGAAAGGCUCCACCGACAGUCGAUACGGAUUACUUAAAGAGUCUUUUAGGGAUAGGUAAAAUCGAAAAUGAAAAACGUACGACGGAAAGUCGAGAAAAGAAUUCAGAUGUUAAUUGUCCCAAAAUUGUUCACGAUAAAGCAAAAUCGCCAAACCUUUCAUUUGAUAUGUUAGCGCAAGUUGCGAAAAUUCCUGCCAGUGUAAGAUUAUUAACUUAUUACCAGUCGAAUGGUUUGGGUACACCACGAUAUCAAUAUUUCUCGAUGGAAAACAACAUGAUCAAAGCCCAGAUAACAUUAAGCGACGGACAACUCAUAGUUGGUUCACCUGCAAAAACGAAAGAAGAUGCCAGCGAAAGUGUAGCUGCUAUUGUAUUAGAUACUCUUAUGAAAAAAGGACAAUCUUCUGAUCUAAUAGACAAACAUGAUAAUAUUCCGGCCCCUCCAAAAACCUGGGUACAAUCUGGAAGUAAAAAAGAGUCACCUCAAAAAUCAAGGGAUAAAGCGAAACCUACUAACAGUGAAACCACGGCUGUAUUAAACAAUUCGUUUGUCCCUCUACAGGCUGUCAAAAAUCAUAUUAGUAAAGUUAGUAGCAGUGGUAAAUCGAAUGAUAGUAGUAAAGACCUAUCAAGUACAAAUGGAAAAGACGGACCACGGGAAUUGAAUAAACCACAGGAAAGUCAUUCUAAACGGAAUACAUCCAGCGGUAAUCAAGAAAGACCAAAAAGAGAGAGGAAAACCAGAAUCGCUGCCAAUUUCGUAAUUAAGAACUGA